UCCUCUUCCACUCAAGCUCGCUCUUUCUCCGAGUAGCCCUGCACUUCUGCGUAAUGGGAAAGACAGAGCUGUAUUCUCUGUAUAAGGGUUUUCUGGACUGUAUUUGCCUCUGCCUUUCUCAGGGCAGUGGUGAGGCUGAAGGUGACAACGAGAGGGACACUGAGAACGGUCACCUUAUCUACAAAAGUGGGGAUGUCCUCGAAGACAGAUAUGAGAUAGUCGAUACUUUAGGUGAGGGGACUUUUGGGAAGGUGGUACAAUGUUUGGACCACAGCAGGGCAGGAAGUCAAAUUGCUCUGAAGAUCAUUAAAAACCUGGAGAAAUACAGGGAAGCAGCCAAACUGGAAAUCAAUGUGCUGGAGAGGAUCAGUGAGAAAGAUCCACACAAAAAGCAGCACUGUGUGCACAUGCUGGACUGGUUUAAUUACUACGGCCAUGUCUGCAUCUCUUUUGAGUUGCUGUCCCUCAGUACUUUUGACUUCUUGAAAGCAAACAACUUCCUGCCUUAUCCCAUUAACCAGAUCCGACACAUGGCCCACCAGAUCUGCCACGCUGUCAGCUUUCUCCAUGACAACAAGCUGACUCACACCGACCUGAAGCCUGAGAACAUCCUCUUUGUCAACUCAGACUACUCCCUAAUAUACAACACCGAGAAGAAAUGCAAUGAGAAGAGAAUAAACAACACCACAGUGCGGUUAGUUGACUUUGGCAGUGCCACCUUUGACCAUGAACACCACUCUGCCAUCAUCUCUACGCGUCACUACCGAGCUCCAGAGGUCAUUCUUGAGCUGGGUUGGAGUCACCCCUGUGAUGUCUGGAGUAUCGGCUGCAUGCUGUUUGAAUACUACGAAGGCUUCACACUGUUCCAGACGCAUGACAAUAAGGAGCAUCUGGCUAUGAUGGAGAGAAUACAGGGAAAGAUUCCUCUGAGAAUGACCCAAAGGAGCAGGAAGCAGAAGUAUUUCCACCGUGGGCGUCUAGACUGGAACGAGUGCUCCGAGGCCGGACGCUACGUGAAAGCCAAGUGCAAACCAUUAAGGAAGUACUUGUUGUCACAUGGGACAGAACACCACCAGUUUUUCGAUCUCCUGGAGAGGAUGCUGGAGUAUGAGCCCUCAAAUCGCAUUUCUCUAUCUUCUGCUCUGUGCCACCCCUUCUUCUUGCCCCUCAUUCAUCCAGGAAGGAGUCAAGUCUGGAGAAACAGCUGUGAUAUGAGCAGAUGGCCCUGAAAAGCCACUUGACCACUGUGAAGACCACACCACUCUGUUUGCAAGUUUUAACUCCCUAUUUAUCAAUCAUGUGUAAUUUACAUUACAUUUCAGCGGGGUUAUCACACUAUGAGCAGUACAGGAAUGUGUCCCCCUGAUGGAGUCUAGACCCCGGUGGUGGUGAAUGAGAGAACAACAAUAGCUGAACAUUUGGAUGGAUUUGAUCUGGAUCGGGAUUCCUGAUGAGCUCAGGGGAAGGACCCAUUUGGACAAUGGUUGUGAUGAAUGGGGUCGAGAAAUGACAGCUGCGGCGUAAUUGACAGAAUAAAAAUUUUGACAUCAAUUGGAUAAUUGGCUCACAAAGGUAAUGGCAAAUUCUGAUGGGUACGACUGAAAAGUGAUCGCCCACAGUCGUUUGAUCAAAUAGGAAGCAGGAAACGAAAAAAAAUCUAAGAAGAGUAAGGCAAGAAAAUUUACAUUAUAGGGCCGAGCCAUCGCAUUUAAGGUCACUUAAAUCUACUGUGCUUAAAGAGUAAGCAUGACAGAUAGUCUUUCUGACUGAACCUUUGCUAAGCCUCUUCACAUUACAUUCAUUUAACAGACAACUUUGUCCAAAGCGACGUACAAAGCGGUUUGCUGACCAUGUUGAAAUGAAUGCUAUACUGUACCUACUUUCACAGGCUUCCUUUGUUCACCAUUUAUUUUUCUGCGGUAUGGAAAUCAUUUAGCAGACUCUUAAAACUCUCAGAGCCUCUCAGAGCCAGACUCUUUCACUGAAUAGGUCAAGCAAGUUUCAGCAGUUUGCUAAUAAAGUUUUGUAUCAAACUGAAAUGAGUGGAAACCCCCGUGGUUGGAUGGAACAGUGGAAAAAUUCAUUUCUGAAAAACAGCAGCAUGGUUUGCAAAAUGGUUAGCUGGUAAUGUUAAUAUAAGUGAUUUGUAGUAAAAUGGGCUACAACAUGCAAAACCACUGGGUAUUGUCUUUUAAAGACUGAUCUUCACAGACAAGUAAAUCAAGUCUGCUUAAAAAAAAAACAACUUUAAAAUAUAUGUUCAUAUUCUAUCUCUAAAAUUUAGAGGAUAUAGAUACAAAAGCUUAAAAUGUAUUUUUUCAC